UGUGACACACAGCAUACUACUUUCUCCAUGCGUGUUUGGAUUUAGCAAAACAAAUUUGAAGAUGUUUCAAUGCUAAUUUUAUAUUAUAUCGGUAAUGUUAAGACGGUUCUUCCGUCAGAGUGUAUCGUGAUGUUUUAUCCAACAUGGCGGCGGACGUUUCGAGGUUAACGGUCGGUUUCUGUUGAUUUCUGGACGUUUUUGUCAAGCAGAGUGGUUGAAUUGCAUCAACCUCAGCCGUCAUGGAGGGUUUGGAGGAGAAGCUCAAAAGUCUCUCCAUCGUCCGGCGAUCUUGCCCGGAAGAGCCCACCUACCUGCUGGAUGUUGCCCUGCAACCGGCUGGCCUGCUUGCCGUCUGCUGCUCCAACUUCACCGUCCACCUCCACAACAAGGACACUCUGAACCUGCUGGGAGAGUAUCGAGGUCACAGCAAACCUCUUUGUGGGGUUGUUUUCUCCCACAACUCCUCUGACUUCCUCUACUCUGGCUCUGCUGAUGGGACAGUUCGGGGUUGGGACAUCCGCUGCCCCGGGACAGCAGCUGCCCAGGUGUUUAAAAGUGACCCCUCACACAGCUUCUGCAGCUUUGACCUGAACUGCAGCGACACUCUCUUGAGUGCCGGAACCGAGCAGAUUAAUGAUGAAGACAGCUUCCUGGUUUUCUGGGAUGUCAGGAAACCAGGCGCCGGCCUUCUUGGGGUGUAUUCUGAGUCGCAUAGUGAUGAUGUCACACAGGUACGGUUUCACCCUCAAGACAAGGACCGGCUUGCAUCCGGUUCCACGGAUGGCCUUGUGAAUGUUUUCGACCUGAGCCGGGGAGCAGAAGAGGAGGCUUUGCUGGCCACCUGUAACAGCGACUCCUCUGCUGGGUCGGUAUGUUGGUCCGGGGCCAGCUACACCCAGCUGCUGUGUCUGAGCCAUGAUGAGGGCCUGCACCUGUGGGACCUGGGUCAGCUGGACACAGAGGAGCCUCUCACUAUUUUCAGCACCUCUGAUGCCCGCAGUCUGACUCUCCUCACUGAUGGCGGAGGCGUGGAUUACCUGGUGGGAGGAAGAUGGCUGGAGGAUGCUCAGAAGUUGCUGGUGGUCGGAGGAAUGAACAGCGGGGAUCUCCACCUGAUGGAGUGUGACGACGGGGGGCUUCGUCUGCUCAGGAGCCUUAAGGGCGGCCAUGCCUCCACGGUGCGCUGCUUCUUAUGGGACGCUGCAGGGGAGGCUCUGGUCACAGGAGGAGAAGACGCUCAGUUGUUGCUCUGGAAGCCAGGAGGGGUGGAGCUCCCGUCUGGGAAAAGGGAGUCAAAGAAGAGUGAAUCAGCUUUGAAACUCAAAUCCAGGCCACAUAAAAAACAUGGCUACCAGAGAGAAAAGAAGGCAGCAGGACAAGACAAUGAAUGAAAUGUCAAAAUACUGAUCCUGACGACUCUGUCAACAGAAAAUCAUUGUGAUCAAUUUGUGAUCCUGCACACUGGAUAAAACACAAGCAACAGUCAUAAAAUAAACCAUUGCAAUAUUUAAAAAAUUUUAUUAUUAUUGUUAAAUUUAAAAUAACAACACAGUAGACGAUCUGAAGCCCAAUUUUAGACCUUUUCCACCAAUGAUCACCCUAUCUGUACAGAUAGGGAUUGGAUUUGAAAUCCAAGGGAUUGACCUGAAAACAUUGUGUACACGCAUCUAACAACGAUUUAAUAUAUUGUAGCUCAGACUGCAUUCUGAUGUGGUCUGGGAUGCCUUUGUUUAUACUGAAUUUUUGCAUCGACACAACAAAUAAUGGCACACAUCAAAGAUCCCCCUGUCAGCUGACAUGAUCUUUCUGUAUUCUGCUUGUAAACGAAAGCAUGGCUUUAUUUAUGUUCAUCCAACCUUACUUCUGGUGAUGGGAAUUAAAGCCCUUUUUAAAGAUCCAGAUUAAUCGUCUCAGCUUAGCCUGGCCACACACUACAGGAUUGUAAGCCUGAUUUUAGGCCAGAUUUGUCUCCCCCAAUGAUCGCAGGGGUGUCCCCUGAAAGGAGGCACAUUACAAACAAUUAUUUAUCAGAAUAAUCCCCAAGUGUGUGGUGUCAACACAAUUAUUUUAUUGCCCCAUAUCUUGUAGCCUCAGAUACCUUGACUUGCAAAUCUCAAACACAUUCAAUAUUUAUGAAUCUGGAUGGUAUUUCCACAACAACCAAUGAGAGAAAGCAGACCAAGUAGUGUCACAACCAGCCAGACAUUACAUUCUUACAACGGUUACAAACAAACACAACUGUACCUUCAUUAAUAAUAUUAUGAGCUUGGCUUCCAAACAGCUCUUCAUUUGGUUCCAUUUUGCCUUUUUAUUUCUAUAAAACCUCAACAAAAAUUGUAAAAAGGAAACCAUCGCUCAAAUUGAAACUAGCUGCUGUAUUUCACAAAAACAUCAGUUCUUUUAACAUCACAACUCACAAAUAGCAUGACACCGUGUCCUCUAAGAACAUACUUGUGACCACAUGAGAGAGAAAAGCUGCCAAAAAAGCACCGCUAGAGGAUUCUUGAAUUCAGAAAAUUUGAGAGGGCAAACAUAUGGCAUGUUAUAGUUUACCAUUUUUUUAUUUGAAGUAUAAAGAAAACCUUUAACCCAGCUUAUCAGACAAGAUGCACACUUGUUUUUCUCUAAUUUGACACUAAACACAUUAUUAUUAUUUUGAUCAAAGUUGCUUUUUUUGCAAUAAUUUUCCACAUAAGGCUCUCAAUUUCCCUCCUCUGAGAAUCUUCACAGAUCUGUUUCCUGCAUGUGAUUUUGGCCAAUCACAACACAGCAUAUGAGCAGCAAACUCAGUGAUAGACAUUAAGAGGGCUCCAGAAAUAUGUAACUAAAAUAUCUUAAUUGCCCCCUUGUGGCUGGCUGCUGUAAAGGUGAUAGGGACUGCUCUCAUUGUUAAAAGGCUUAAGUUCCAUUAUUUUUUUUAACGAAAUAAUAUUUUUACAAGAACAUUUUAAUUAGACAAAAACUAUAAAUUUUAUUCCAGUUUAUUUCAAUGUCCAACCCUACAGCAUCACUCAAGAAAAAGCUUGCCCUUGUGAAAAUGGAGUUUAUGACCCCUGCCUUAUUUAGUCCAUUAUUGUGUAUUUGGGCUCCUAACUGGAGAUUCUGUCUGUUACCACUAAUCAUUAAAUUAGAUUACUCAGAUCAAAUUGUGUCAAAAUGCCUACGUCACUGAAUGCAAAGAUAGCAUGGCUGCACCUUUACACCCAGUAUUGACCUUUUGCUUUUACAGCCAGUACUAAUAAGUGAUCUUUUUAUCUGUUAUUUUCUCUAAUUGCGAUUGGACUUCAAUAUGCAGGUUUGGUAGGAAGAGCCUGCAGAAGGUGAUCAUGGCUACUUUUGGAAGCCAGCUUUUGAGUGUAAUCUGUGUGCAGUGUCUUCUGUUUCAGCCUCCAUUUUACCAUCAUUUUAAAGAUUGUUUGAAGUUAUCCAAUUAUUUAUUAAUGUUUGCACAACUUUUAAAUGCAGUCUAUUACCCAGUCAACUAGGAGUUACAUGAAAAGUAUUUGAAGUUCUGAGUGAGUUAUGAUGUCAGUUUAUGCAGGAAAUUAGACAAAACAUAGUUAAUUUCAGAUGAAGUAGAUGUAGACUAAUUGCCAUUAGUAUAUGGGGGAAGUUUUAAGCAGCCAAAGGGGCAUCUAAAGAAACAAAAACAUUGCAUAUUUCAAUUUAUAUUUUAUUUUUGGAAGGUUUAUACCUUUGGUAGUUCAGUUUGUGGCCACUGCUGCACAUCUUGCAAACUUCCUGUAGCUUGAACUGAAGUAUGUUGGUUUCUUAACUGAAAUACACAGAUUGCUGCAAAUGUUUUUGAAGAACAAGUACUGUACAUUUGUAUGAAUAUGGCAUGAAGCUGAAGUUUCACAGGUGUUUUCCUGUUUAAAUAAAGAUUAGUUAAACCCUU